UUUUGCAGUACGUCACCGCACCCGACCUGGUGGAAGCUUUUGUGAGAUCCUAGCCUGGGGGACUAUAUUUGGCUCAAAAGGAACAUACAAGAAUAUUACCACGCAUACAAAACUAUUUGAGCCGUUUUUUAUUUUCACCAACUGCCGUCUACCGUCCCGAAUUCAGCGAGCCAUCCGCCGACGCAACUACAGCCAAGCCCAAUCCUCUAUCCACCAAGCAGAAAAGCUCAUCCGUUCCAUCUGGCAGCAAGCACCCAACUGUAGCACUGUAUAGAAGGGUGAGGGGGGUGAGGGGGGCAUGGGGGCCCACUAUACUACGCCCAAACACCCACCAAGCCCAGGCACACUACCAUCAAGCUUUUGCCUUGCUGGACGGCCUGCAUACGACCUUUGCGCCUAGUGUGGAUGUCCUUGGCGUGUCCUUGUCAACUUUCCAUCAUUAUGACAGUAUAGAUCCAGAAGAUAUCUUUACUCUCUGUAUAAUUCAAUCCUCUUUCUUACCAGCCUCUGCCUGGUGGAGUCCCCGUCUCUCGUAUCUUGUUUUUUCAAUUGUCCAAGCAGGAUCCGCUCUCGCUGGUGGUUUAAGGCCUCACAUCACAGCGCCCCCAGCCAAAGGUGUCCACUGUGGGAAGACUAGGCGAGUCCGGCUUUUGAAGGAGGGCGGCGCUAGCACCUGCAGCGACGCAGCCACAAGGUCGCAGGGGAUCGCCAGAUCGAGAGCGAAACAUGGUGGAAAUCCCCCCUACUUAAGGAGACUCCGAGACGGCGUCGUUCAGCUUCGAGUGCGUUGCUGUAUGCUCUGGUUGAUAGCAGCUGUCAAUGGGCAUCAAUGGCAGCUGAAGCGCAGAAUGAUGGCCACAAAACUACACUAAACCUCGGCCUAUUGACACAGCACGCACGCCCCAACUCCGCAGUAACAGAUCCCUUCCCUAUCAAUACUGUGUAGGCUGGAUAAAAAAAAAGUUACGCGUGUGCCUUCUUACGCCCCUAGCUUGCGCUUUGCCGGAGCUGUCGGAAACGCGCACACACCAAGCUGCUGCUGCUGUUGCCAUAUGCCCACUGGCAAAAGUACCCGUAUGCAUAAUUGCCAUUGUAAAUGCACCGAUGGACAAACUGCUGCUCCUUUUCCCCCUCAUCCAGGAAAAGGCAGUAUUGAGGAAUAGGACAGUGGACAGAAUUAUCAUAUAUCUCUUUUCUACUUUUUGUCAUCUUUUUUGUCAAUACUGGGCUUCGGCGGUGACGGGCACAGUUCGGCGGCGAAUACCACACCAGCUCUGGCAGGUUACAGCAAAGUGGUGUCAUAUUUCGGCCUGCCGCUGCUUGACGGUGAGCCUCUUGAAGCAGCAGCAGCAUUACCGGCACUGUGCUUAACAGACGCAACCCUCGCUGGAUUUUCACAGUGUUAAGAGGCUGGCCUCUAACUGUCGCUUUUUGCCUCAAGCUAGCUCUGGCAGCGCACUUUCGGGGCUGCGCUGGUGGGGCAAAUGGCACCUCUCGAGAAUUCCAUCCGAUUCCGUUUGCAGUGCAAAGGGACAUUCGCCAAACGAACGCCGGGCUGACAAUGGAAUGCUGGCACGGACAAAUGGCCGAAUAGCGCGGGGCAAGCUUAAGAAACUAAAAUAAUACUAGGCAGAGAGGGGUCCAGGUCCAUUGCUUCACGGCUACGAUGCGCAUGUCGACAUCCUGAUAACAGCACCCACCACACACCAUCCUUUGCACCUGAACAAUGGCGCCUUAGCGAUCAGCCACUUCGGCAUCCAGUCUCCUAACUGUGUAAGCCACCUUAGCAACUGAAGCACCAUCAGCGACGUCUCUCUACAAACCUGGUGGAUCAGGCCAAUCCUGGAAGGGUGGAUAGCUGCCAACUAGGGUCAGGGGUGGGCAAGCGGGCUGUCCGCUGUGGAUGACUUGCAGUUACACCAGCAAACGUUCAUGGUCAUCCUAUUGUCCCAGACGCCGUCAAUUGUUAAACACAGCUGGUACGGCAUCAGAAAACGCGAUACGAAGCUUCCCGAGGCCCGUGAGGCAAUAAAUGCUAGGCUGGUAGUCUUGUCUUGGCGCCAGUCAGGUUACGGUAGCCCGAUUAUAUGUUCAAUUGGCGCAUCGAAUCACCAUAGCGUUGCACCCGUGGCUUGCCUGUAGCCUAUUCGCACCAGUCACGUCUGCCUCUCUUUACCUUUCUCGUAUUGUCCGUAGCCGUUAUCAUCAGUGGUCGCCGAAAAACGGGCGUUGGCACAAGUCCAGGGCCGCCUCACACACAGCUGCGGCAGGCUGCAUCUCAAGGGAGGCUGCAUUUGGGGUCAAACUUAUAUGACCUAAAAAAGCAAUCGCCCUGUCUCAUCCUCCCUUUUGCACUGCUCGCUAAAGUUACGAUGGAGCAAACGACGUCACUGUCCUUGUGCGUCUUGCGUGUUUUUCGCUUCGCAUUGGCAGAGCUUCUAGGAAAGGGAAACGAGCCAACAUGUAGCGAGCGUGCAUCGACGACGAACGCCAUGCAGUUGUCGCUGGGCGAAUCACAGAUCUCUCCGAGCUAAGUGUCGUAUACAAGCCAAGCAAGGUUUGCCAGGUGCCCACAAGCCGGAUCAUGCCAUCCUCAGCUACACCAGGAUUGCUGGCGUACCCGUGAUGCCAUGCAAGGGACUGCAUCUGGCUAUAUUGCUAUUGCUAAUGUGAAUAUGAGCAUCUGCUAAGCAACCAUCAAACAGGCAUUUUGAUCAAGAGAAAACCCCGUCGCCUUCCCAACAUCCCUGACCAAACCGUCCCAGGAAUUGGGAUACAAGCGGGGGCGCACACUUCUCUCUUGCUAUCUAUCAACAUGCGAAAUGGGGGGCAUUGCGAGGUGGUGUGGAGACAUCCCAGGGGAGCGUUUCCCAAGACGCUAUUCAAUCGUUCACCCAACACAGUGCCGCGAUGAAUAACGGACGCGGUGCGGCGCUAGCCCAGCUGCACCGCCAGUGACGUGAAUUGUCGAUGCCGGCAUUCGAUCACCACGAUCUCCAUAUCGUUGGUAGACCCAUGAACUGGUUUAAAUGGAUUCCUAGUAAAAUUUCUCAAUUAAAAUCCUCGUUUUUUUCUUGUAUAUCAUAUGGCGAGCUAGAGACCAUAGCGCAAAAAGCUUAGUCAUCCGAAUUCAGGCCAGCUGGUGGUGCUGUCGUAGGCCAGCAAGCACCUAACGGCUACGCCAGCACGAGGCGUCAUCUGAAGCUGCCUAUCAAAAAAACACCAUCCGCCAUUCCGGCCCGGCGUCGUCUUCUAGCUGUGAUUUCAACAACUUAUUUUUCUUGUCGGUCAUGCAGAGUAUUGUCACUGCUUUAAUCCAGUGUGUUUGUCUCGCAAUACUCUGAUAAAUCAGCUUCAAGUGACGGGGAGCUACUAUCGCCUCCACCAUGGCUUCGCAAUCGACAGAGCAGCGAGAGCUGCAACUUGUAGAGAGUGUCGAGUUCAAAAUCCUCGGUGUUGCAAACAAGGAAGACAAGUUACAUGACUUGUUACAACGAUAUCUAGCCCCUGUAAUUCUCAAGGCAACGAGCGAACAUGCCUCAGUGAGAGCCAGAGUCAUUCAAAUCUUAGGUCGUCUAAAGACAUUCAUACAGCCGCCUUCGUAAGUCUGGUACAAGAUUGUGCACUUCCCCCUCGCUAAUCGACUUUAGAAUUAUUUUGCCUGUCAAAGCCCUAUUGCAACAAUAUAAAUCCAACGACUCGCCAAUUAUUAAACAACUCGACCUUUCGUUCAUACAGCACAGUCUUGAUAGGUUAGAUGUCUAUGAUCGUCUUGACCUGCUUCCUAUUGCGCUUGCAGGCUUCGCUGCUGACGAAGGAAACCCUCGUGCCGCAACAAUGUUCAACUUCAUCCUUCGCAUGAUUCUAGAUGUCCGGAUCCCGCCGAGGGGGAGCAAAGAUGACGAAGCCUUUAGAAAGAACAUUGGUCUUGAGAACGAGGCGGAUGCUAAGUUUCUGGCCACCUGUCUUGGCGUCUUCCUACGGUUGCGAACCCCAUCAGCGACGCAAACUCUAGCCCAAUGCAAUCCGACAUUGUCAGCUUCCGAGCUAGCUCUCUUCCCUGCUGAAAGCGCACAAGAUGACAAAAUCUUUAAACGAGUAUCGGAACUGAAAUCAAAGACAAUCACACUGUUGGCGAGUGCCGCAUUCACUGAUGAAGAAAAGUUCUUACCUGCUCUUCUUGCUGCCGCCAGUCCAGAUAACAGAGUCGGGGCAACCGCAGAAGAGAUCUUGAAGCGAAGCUCUGUUUCUAUGGAGGAUGAGGCAUUGGUCACCAAGCUUUUUCAGGCUCAUUCGCGUCUCCCAGCUGCGAACCGCACACGUAUCUUGUCAAUGCUAAGCAAGUCGGCGCUCUCUACGACAAUGACGACACAUAUUAUGAAUGUGGUCUCAUUGGACUUUGUUACCGAUGACACCCAGUCGUUAAAGCCCGUUAGUGCACUGGAAAAGACAAAGCUGCAUAAAGCCCUGUUUCAAUACCUGUCUUGGGUAGCCCAGGUUGGACCAACGAAACAGAAGUUCACGAUUGGCUCUUCGCUCAUUACACAUAUGAAAACAUACGUUGAGGGUCAAGAGUGGCCUGUCCCGCAAGUCAACACCAAUGACGACCUUGUAUUACGCUCCAAGGCGUAUGAAACAAUUGGCCUACUAGCUCGCAGCGCGGAUAUGCCUCUCGAAGAUCGAUUCAGCCUAGCCGCGUGGUUGUUCCGCUCCCUAUCGGAAGAUACCACAGCAGAAGCUGUAGUUAACAUUGACGGCGCCCUUUCCAGUCUUACAGCAAAUAUUCCCGUUGAUGAAGCAGUGAAGAACAGCACCUUCAAAUCCAUGCUUCUCACGUACAUGUCAUUAACGGACGAUCCGCCAGCUGUGAGAAGUACGCGCCACGCCGUCGUCAAAUGGGCGAACGAAUGUCUGCCUUUCUCUGACGUCCAGGCCCGCUGGAUUGACAUACUAGCCAUUGGCGGUCGCGCAAAUGAGAGAAGUGAUGUUGUUGAACAAGGUCACAAAGGUCUUGAUCCAUGGACUUAUUUUGCUCAGAGUCAGAGUAAGUCCAAACUGCCGGACUGGAAGGAGAUGACGAUGAACUUCUUCGAAUCCAUUAUUGAGCCUCAUCAGGAGGCUCCGCCUGAGUCUGCUGGAGGUUUACCUACGCUACCAAACACAGCCAUUUUCAGCAACUUCCAAGGCUCCAGGAUUAGUGCUUUCCCAACCGCACUCCGAUAUUGCAAACAGAUCAUGUUCCUAUCCGCGCUUGAGGAUUUUACCGUUCAACCGGAUUGGAUGCAGCAGUUGGAUGCCCAAGUCAAGACAGACAUCACAACAAAAACAACUAUUCGAGCAUAUCUCCGCGAUAUUGAGAGUAGCUAUCUAGUUUUCUACUUGAAGGCUUGUUUGGAAGGAGCUACUGUGGAAGAUUCUCCGAUUGUUGAGGAUUGUAUAAGAUGUUUUGUUGAUGUAGCAUCAUUAGCGCCAGGUGGUGCUAUUGGUUAUCUUGCCAAGGACGCCACCGAUAUGCUGAAGUUGAUCAAGUCCAACAACAAGGGGAUUAGAGCAUUGGGCUCUAGAGCGCUCGGUAUUCUCGCAGCGCAUCCCUCGAAUCACGAUGACUACGUUUCAAACAUCUCAAAGACUUUGGAGGCUAUAUUCGCCAACGCUUCGUCUGCAGUUGGUCCCGACCUAAACGCUGCAGAAGGUGCUUUGUUAGCCUAUGGAUAUCUGCAUUCAAGACGCACAUUUUAUCAUCGCCAAGUGCUCUCAGGCUGCUGCGAAUUUCCUCUCCAGCACUUGGUUGACGAUAAAACUCCGGCGUCGCUUCAGGAGGCUGCCCUAGACUCUGCCUCUCAGCUGUGGUCUGCUCAGCUUGCCUUGCCUACUAGCGAUGGUGACUAUUCCGUAGUGAAUAUUAUCAAGGCUCUUGCUAAACUCGCCAAGAAGGGUAAUGAGAAGGCUAUCACUGCUCUAGGCCGCCUAGCCACUGGUCUAAAUGACCCCAUGGCAUCCACUGGAGAGGAAGAACACCAGUCCGAGGCCUGGAAAGCAGGCUUACUAGGCUCCAUCCUUGAAGCGCUCUUUUCGUUACACGAAAUCAAGCGAGUUGAAGUGCACUUUACAGUUGGCGACGCCAUUACAGCCGCAAUCGCCCGCUGGGACUCUGAUUGUGUCAAAUUGACCAUGGAUGUUGACUGCCGUGGUUCGCACUUCCAGAACCGAUCACACAAGGAUCUUAUGUCACAGGUUUUAACAAAGCUUUUCACCGACUGCAAAUCCACCAAGCCUUCGCUAUUAAAAGCCUCAGGAAUCUGGCUAUUCUGCAUCGUUCAAUACUGUUCGCAUCUUGAUGAAGUACAGUCGCGUUUGCGGGAGGCUCAAUCUUCGUUCAUGAGACUUCUCAAUGCCCGAGACGAACUCGUCCAAGAAACUGCUUCUCGUGGCCUAUCGUUGGCUUAUGAGAAGGGUGAUGAUGAACUGAAAAGCGCCUUGGUUAAAGACCUGGUGUCAGCGUUUACAGGAUCGGGCACGCAACUCAAGGUUGAUGAAGAUACCGAGCUGUUUGAUGCGGGUGCCCUUCCUACAGGAGAGGGAAAAUCCAUCACUUCGUAUAAAGAUAUUGUCAACCUGGCUAAUGAAGUGGGUGACCAGCGCCUUGUUUACAAAUUCAUGUCUCUGGCGGCCAACGCUGCCACUUGGUCCACCAGAUCGGCUUUCGGACGCUUCGGCCUCAGCAAUAUUCUCUCUGAAUCGGAAGUUGAUCCCAAACUGUACCCUAAACUCUUCAGAUACAGGUUUGACCCGAACUCGAAUGUCCAGCGAUCCAUGGACGAUAUUUGGAAGUCGCUUGUCAAGGAUUCCAAUGCUACAAUAGAAACAUACUUCGAUGACAUUCUUGGAGACCUUCUAAAAAGCAUCUUGGGUAAAGAAUGGCGUAUGAGAGAGGCUAGUUGUGCUGCCAUUUCGGACCUGAUUCAGGGAAGACCGUUUGUCCGGUAUGAGAAAAGCUACAGAGACAUUUGGACAAGUGCGUUGAAAGUACUUGACGACGUCAAAGGCAGUGUCAGAGAAGCAGCACUGCGCCUAUGCAUGGCUCUUUCUAACGGUUUGGUACGCCAGCUGGAAGACGGAAACCACAGCGCGGCUGCCAAGGCGAUGAUGAAUGAAGCCCUCCCCUUCCUACUUUCCGAUAAGGGCAUUGAAAGUUCCGUUCAGGAUGUCCAGAUCUUUGCGACUAUAACUAUCAUGAAGAUUGCGAAGAAGGGCGGUGUCGCAUUGAAACCGUUUGUUGCCGAUAUCGUUCCUCAGCUGCUCGGACUUCUCAGCACGAUUGAACCCGAGCAGAUUAACUACCACUACCAGCGAGCUGGCGAAGAAAGCCGCGAUAAGAUCGACAAACUUCGUUCACAAAUGGUUAACCAAUCUCCUAUAUCCGAAGCCAUCGAUAACUGCCUCCGCUUCGUUGAUACCGAGGUUAUCAAUGAGCUGGCCCCUCGUCUCGAAGGAACUAUCAAGACAGCCAUUGGCAUGCCUACGAAAAUCGGGUGCAGCCGUGUUUUGACAACUUUAUUCACCCGUCACACUACAGAUAUCAAGCCUGUCUCGGCGCGCUUUUUGAAGCUACUUGAGAAGCAAACUCUGGAUAAGAACGACGAAGUCAGCCAAGCAUAUGCUAGGGCUGCGGCAUACAUUAUGCGCGUUGUAGAUGAUGCGGAUAAGCUCAAGUUUUGCUCGCGUAUGGUCGACUUGUACUUUGAUGCUGAGGACGAAGCACGACGUGCAAAAAUUGCCGAUGUCGUUAUGGCGCUGGCAAAGAUUUCACCCGAUCAUUUCACUUCACAAGAAGCGACGCUCUUGCCGUUCUCCUACGUUGGAUCAAAGGACGUGGACGAAUACACAUCCAAAGCAUUCCGUGAAGUCUGGGAUCAGCAUGCAGGAAGCAGCCGCACAGUGAUGCGGUAUGUUCCUGAAAUUACAGGUCUCGUGGAUCGAUGUCUUUCUACGACGCAGUGGUCCAUUAGACACACUGGUGCAUUUGCAGUGGCAACUAUGGCAGCAGACGUUGCCUCCGCCAGCGAGGCUACUGGCAACAUUGGAGAAGCCAACUGCAAAACAAUAUGGCCCGUCUUCGACAAAGCCUUAGCCCUCAAGACUUUCCCUGGAAAGGAACGAGUGUUGGAGGGGUUCCCCAAAUUUGUUGAGAGAUCAUCAGCCUUCUGGGGCAGCAACGAUCAGGUAGCAGGCCAAAUGAAGAAGGUUGCACUUCGAGAAGCCAAGAGAAACAAUGAAGACUACAGACCUCACGCGUUUAGAGCACUUUGGCAAUUCGCUGCUGCCAGAACCGACUUGGAUUUGCUCGCAGACAUCACCGAUAUCGUCAAGCCUUAUCUCGACGAGCUAAAGGAUGAAGACAAAAUGGAUGUCGACUCGAAGGAGGAUGCCACCAUCACAGCUGCUAAGAACGGCUUGGAGGCCAUCGCUCGGGGUUAUACUAGAUCGAAGAGCCGAGAUACGACUGCAAUCCUCGACUCCAUCAUCGCAGUAGUUCAAGACUUCCUUCCACACGAAAAGUUUGCCUCUAUCAAACGCGAAGUAUGGUAUGGCAGCGUCAAGGAUCUCAUGAAGGACUUGAGCACCGAGAAGGGGACGCUAGGCAAGGUGAACUUUGACGCCAAGGGUAGCUUUAUGGCGUUCUUAUUGAGCCUAGACCUGGACAAGGCAGAAACAGGCACCCUAUCUCAGCGACUAGAGAGAACUAACGCUGUCUUAUCUAUGCUGGAUGCCAAAGCAAGCGGCCUAUUUGGCGAUAAGAAGGACGGGUUGGUCGAGGCGGAGAAGUUGGUACAAAAGGCACUUGUUGAAGAGCGUAGUCUGGAUGUUCAGAGGGCUUGGAGAAAAGUUUUGGAAAUUAUGAAUGAGACUAAAUAGAAAUACAAGUCAACGAUAUCACUUGACACCAUGUCCACAUUAUAUAGCGUCAUUUUCAAGAUAUCUCGCAGGGGACUCAGGGACGGUAGCAUCUGUUGCGAAGCGACAUCCUGAUAACUCGAUAUUUGUGCUAUGGUCAGGAAAAUCUUUCCAAGAUUCCACUUUAAUUACAGAUAUAUGUGUUAAAUAGUCUUUUAUUAUUUUAUUAUAUUUCAUUUUCGUCGAUAUAUAGCUGCAUCAGAAAUGCGAAAUGGGACUCUAGGGUAGCGUGAGGUG